UGUAGGUUUUGAGUUCGAUUCCCAGCUCAUUGUAUACAAAAAAAUCAAAAUCAACUAUGGCUCUGCAUAUAGUUUCCUUUCUCCUCCUAAUCAUAUUUUUUUCAUCAACAAAAUUAGCCAAUGCUGCAAACAACACACAAAACUUCCACUACUUUUGUAAUUUCAACAACAGAGGUAACUAUACAGCCAACAGCAUCUACCACACAAACCUUAACACCAUUUUGUCCACUCUCACUUCCAACACAAAAAUCAACAACUACGGUUUCUAUAAUUUCUCAAACGGCGAAAACACAAACAAAGUAAACGCGAUUGGUCUUUGCAGAGGCGAUGUUAAACAAAAUGAGUGUCUUAGUUGUCUCAAAAGUUCAAGCAACAAUCUAACACAGCUUUGUCCAAACCAAAAAGAAGCUAUUGGUUGGUAUGAAGACGAAAAAUGCAUGUUACGUUAUUCUGACCGAUCGAUUUUUGGUUUAUUGGAAACAGGACCGGCAUAUUAUGCACACAAUAUGUUAAAUGCAAGUGAUUUGAGUGAGUUCAAUCAAGUUGUCCGCAACUUGCUUGAUAAUUUGACUAGCAGAGCUUCGUCUGGUGAUUCUCGUUUGAAAUAUGCCGCGGAUAGUGCACGCGGUCCUAAUGAUCAAACUAUAUAUGGUCUUGUUCAGUGUACGCCGGAUUUGUCUGAGUCAGAUUGCAAUUCAUGUUUGGUUCAAUCUAUUGCAAUAAUACCAAUUGAUUGUUGUAAAGAUAAGAUUGGUGGAAGAGUUGUUAGGCCUAGUUGUAACAUGAGAUUUGAAACAUCUUUCCUCUUCUAUGAUCCUACAACACCACCGUCACCCCCACCACCACCACCACCUCCUUCUCCUCCUCCUCCUCCUCCUCCUCCUCCUCCUCCUCCUCCUCCACCUCCAGGAAAGAGCCACACUAUCACUAUCAUUGCCAUAACAGUACCAAUUGGUUCUGUUAUGGUGCUCAUUUUAAUCUGCCUCUCUUUAAGAGUAAGGAAGCCAAGCAAAACGUGUGAAGUUGAAGAAGAAAAUGAAGAUGAUGAGAUUGAAAUUUCUGAGUCAUUGCAAUUCGACUUUGACACAAUAAAAGAGGCAACAGAUGACUUUUCUGAUUCUAAUAAACUUGGAAAAGGUGGAUUUGGGACUGUUUACAGAGGUAGACUCCCCAAUGGUCAAGAGAUUGGUGUCAAAAGGUUGUCAAGGGAUUCUGGCCAAGGAGAUUUAGAAUUUAAGAACGAAGUGCUUUUAGUGGCUAAGCUUCAACACCGAAAUUUAGUCAGACUACUCGGUUUUUGUAUCGAAGGAAGAGAAAGACUACUUGUAUAUGAAUUUGUUCAUAAUAAGAGUCUUGAUUACUUCAUUUUUGAUCAAGCUAAGAGAGCCGACUUAAAUUGGGAAAUGCGCUAUAAAAUCAUUUUAGGUAUUGCUCGAGGAAUUAUUUACCUUCAUGAGGAUUCUCGGCUACGCAUUAUCCAUCGUGAUCUUAAAGCAAGCAACAUUCUCUUAGAUGAAGAGAUGAAUCCAAAGAUAGCAGAUUUUGGAAUGGCCAGACUAUUUGAUGUGGACCAAACUCAGGAAAAUACAGAUAGAAUUGUUGGAACCUAUGGAUAUAUGGCACCUGAGUAUGCAAUGCAUGGACAAUUUUCAGUGAAGUCAGAUGUAUUCAGUUUUGGCGUAUUGAUUCUUGAGAUUAUAAGUGGCCACAAAAACAGUGGCAUUCGUCGUGGUAGUACUACAGAGUAUCUACUAAGCUUUGUAUGGAGAAACUGGAGGGACGGAUCGCCAACAAAUAUUAUAGAUCCCACAUUAAACAAUGAUUCAGUGAAUGAAAUAAUGAGAUGCAUCCACAUUGGACUACUAUGUGUUCAAGAAAAUGCAGCUACUAGGCCAACUAUGGCUUCUGUUGUACUAAUGCUUAAUAGUCAUUCUUUCACUCUUUCAAUACCUUUAGAACCUGCGUUUUACGUAGAAAGUGGAGCUGAAGACUUUCAAGAUUACACGACAAAAUCAUCAGAGUAUAAUCCAGUUCAAGGAUCAGUAAAUGAGGCUUCGAUUACAGAGCCAUAUCCUCGCUAGAUUUUGAUCAUAUCGAUGAUAGCCAUAAUACAUAGUCGAUUUGAUUUCAUAAUAAAAAAUUGAAGUCCUCAACCAAGAUAUGAUAUAUAUAUAUAUGAAUUAGGAACACAUAUAAGUGCUUAUUAUAAUAGUUUACAAAGUUCGAUCCAACAAAAAAAAACUUUUUCGUAGCCAAACAUGUAGUUUGUAUUUCCAACGUUAGCUCAUAGUCACCGCACAUAAGCAUUGCGAAUGCAAUGUUGCGCAGCGCGAGUGUCUUAGCAAAGACAAAAUCAAGCCAAACUUGCUAUCCAAGAUUUAAGAUUUUGAUUCAAAUGUAAGUAGAUGAUAAUUAUAUCUCAAAACGGUUGGACUUCUUCAUAGUCGCUAAGCAUAAGUGCUACAGUUUCUGCACUAGUGUUACAUCUUCUCGGACAUAAAUCACAUGUUACUUCUGUUGGGUCAAUCAAGAGGGACAGCUGAGAGACCAUCCACAUUGGGCUCAAGAACAACUAUACAAGUGAGUUGGAUACCACACUCUUACCCAAAACCUUAAGGUGUUAGGUUUAUGGGUCUCAUCACUUAUAAAGUGUUCAACCUCCACUUUUCUAAGCAAUGUGAGACUUUUCUAAGCAAUGUGGGUCUCCUCACUUAUAAAGUGUUCAACCUCCCCACUUAUUAUGAUUUUUAUUUUCGUAACCUUCGGAUACGUGUU